UUUUUUCACAGAAGUUCAGUUCUUGAGAGAACACUUCUACGGAAUGAUACAAGAUCUAGGAAUCAUUUCAAUGCCAUAACUUUGGACUAGGCAAGCUCAGAAUGGGACUACUUGAAUACUCCGCAUCUAUUGAUUUUAGAAGAGAUUUCAUCCACUUGCAUCCCUUCACUAUUGCUCUGGUCUCACUCCUCAGUGCCUCCUUCAUUGCCAGUUCUCUUGGAGAAGCAGAGAAGCAGCUGAGGCUAACAGCUGGUGAAAACGCAUGUAGUGGGAGAGUGGAAAUCAAAGUCCAGGAAGAAUGGGGAACGGUGUGUAACAAUGACUGGGGCAUGGAGGAAGUCUCUGUGAUCUGCAGACAGCUUGGGUGUCCCACUGCCAUCACGGCCACUGGGUGGGCUAAUUCCACCGCAGGCACUGGACGCAUUUGGAUGGACCAUGUUUCCUGUAGAGGAAAUGAAUCGGCCAUUUGGAAUUGCAAGCAUGAUGGUUGGGGAAAGCACAAUUGUACCCACAAACAAGAUGCUGGAGUAACUUGCUCAGAUGGAUCCAAUCUGGAGUUGAGGCUGACCAAUGGCGGAAACCGGUGCUCAGGACGAAUAGAGGUGAAGUUCCAAGGCCAGUGGGGAACAGUGUGUGAUGAUGGCUUCACCAAAGAGCAUGCCACUGUGGUUUGCAGACAGCUUCAAUGUGGAAGUGCUCUCAGUUUCUCUGCUUCAGCGGGUUUUGGAGAAGGUUCUGGGCCAAUCUGGUUUGAUGAUCUCGGAUGCCGUGGAAAUGAGUCAGCUCUCUGGAACUGCAAGCACAGAGGCUGGGGAAGGCAUAACUGUGACCAUGCUGAGGACGCUGGAGUGAUUUGCUUAGAUGGAGCAAAUCUGAGCCUGAUGCUGGCAGAUGGACCCACUAAAUGUUCUGGAAGAUUAGAAGUGAAAUUCCAAGGAGAAUGGGGGACAGUAUGCGAUGAUGGCUGGAACAGGAAGAAUGCUGCUGUGGUUUGCAAGCAACUGGGAUGUCCAACAGCCGUAGCCACCACUGGUCGAGUGAAUGCCAGUGAGGGCUCUGGACCCAUUUGGCUUGACAAUGUUUCCUGUCAAGGGAAUGAGUCUGAACUCUGGUAUUGUAGACUCCAAGACUGGGGGAAGCAUUUUUGCAGUCACUCUGAGGAUGCUGGUGUGACAUGCUCAGAUGGCUCAGACCUGGAGCUGAGACUUGUAGGCGGUGGUAGUCGCUGUGCUGGAACAGUGGAGGUGGAAAUUCAGAAACGUGUGGGGAAGGUGUGUUCUAACAGUGGCUGGUACAUGGAAAAUGCCAACAUAGUGUGCAGGCACCUGGGAUGCGGAUCUGCACUCAAAAAAUCCUACCAGGUGUAUUCCAAACCGAAGGCAACAAACACAUGGCUAAUUAUCAACAGCUGUGUUGGGAAUGAAACCUCCCUUUGGGAUUGCACCAAUUGGCAGUGGGGUGGAAUUUCCUGUCAUUAUGGAGACGCCGAAAUCACUUGCUCAGGCCACAAAGAACCCAGGCUGGUUGGAGGGGAUGUUCCCUGCUCGGGCCGUGUGGAAGUGAAGCAAGGAGACACCUGGGGUACCAUCUGUGAUUCCGACUUCACUCUGGAAGCUGCCAACGUGCUUUGCAGGGAAUUACAGUGUGGCACAGCUGUCUCUAUCCUGGGGGGAGCUCACUUUGGAGAAGGAAAUGGACAGACCUGGGCUGAAGAAUACCAAUGUCAAGGGGACGAGUCACAUCUUUCACUCUGCCCUGUAGCACCCCGCUCGGAUGGGAGCUGCAGCCACAGCAGGGAUGUUGGAGUAAUUUGCUCAAGGUACGUGGAAGUCCGCUUGGUGAACGGCAAGUCGUCAUGUGAGGGAAGAGUGGAGCUCAAAGUGCUUGGGGCUUGGAGACCCCUCUGCAGUUCUCAUUGGGAUAUGGAAGAUGCCCAUGUCCUCUGCCAGCAGCUCAAAUGUGGAGUUGCCCUCUCAACCCCAGAAAGAGCACAUUUUGGGAAAGGAAGUGGUGAGGUCUGGAGGCACAAGUUCCACUGCACUGGGAUGGAGCAGCACUUGGGAGAUUGCCCUGUAACUGCUCUGGGUGCGUCGCUGUGUUCAGAAGGGCAAGUGGCCUCUGUCGUCUGCUCAGGAAAUCAGUCCCAGACACUACCUCCAUGCAAUUUGUCUUCUUUGGACCCCAAAAGCUCCACCAGUCCAGAAAACAAUACCUGCAUAGGGAGUGGUCAGCUCCGCCUGGCAAAUGGUGGAGGACGCUGUGCUGGGAGAGUAGAGAUCUAUCGUGAUGGUUCCUGGGGCACCAUCUGCGAUGACAGCUGGGACCUGCAUGACGCCAAUGUGGUGUGCAAGCAGCUGGGCUGUGGUACGGCUGUGAAUGCCACUGUGUCGGCUUACUUUGGCGAAGGAACAGGGCCUAUCUGGUUGGACGAAAUGAGCUGCAGUGGAGAAGAGUCCCACAUUUGGCACUGCGGUUCACAUGGCUGGGAGAGACACAACUGCAGGCAUAAGGAGGAUGCAGGAGUUAUCUGCUCAGAGUUCAUGUCUCUAAGACUGACCAGCGCAAACAGCAAGGAUACCUGUAGAGGGCGCCUGGAAAUUUUUUACGAUGGAGCUUGGGGCAGCGUUGGGAGGAAGGACAUGUCUGCCACCACUAUGGGAGUUGUAUGCAGGCAGCUGGGCUGCGCAGACAAGGGAAGCAUGGACCCCGCGUCUUCAGACAAGACACCGUCCAGGCACUUGUGGGUGGACAAUGUCCAGUGUCCUGAGGGACCUAGCGCCUUGUGGGAGUGUCCAUCGUCCCCAUGGACACAGAGAUUGGCCAGCCCCUCGGAGGAGGCUUGGAUCACAUGCGACAACAAGAUAAGACUUCAGGAAGGAACCAACAGCUGCUCUGGGCGCGUAGAGGUCUGGCAUGGAGGCUCCUGGGGGACAGUGUGUGACGACUCCUGGGACAUUACGGAUGCUCAGGUGGUGUGUCGUCAGCUGGGCUGUGGCACCGCACUGGAGGCAUUGAAGGAGGCAGCGUUUGGUCCAGGGACUGGACCCAUAUGGCUCAAUGAAGUGAAGUGCAAAGGAAAUGAGUCUUUUUUGUGGGACUGUCCGGCCAGACCUUGGGGGCACAGUGACUGCGGGCACAAGGAAGAUGCUGCUGUGAAGUGUCGCCCAAGAAUUUCAGAUACCCAAGGAUCACUGAGAAACACAGGUCAUCCUUUUCUUAUUGCAUUUGGGAUCCUGGGAGUCAUCCUGUUGGCCGUUCUCAUUGCAUUCCUCUCGCGGGCUCAAAACCGAAGACGAAUACAGCAGCUUACAGUUUUCUCAAGAGGAGAACAGUUUGUUCACCAAGUUCAGUACCAGGAGAUGAAUUCUUCAGCCAAGUCAGAUGAUCUGGACCCGCUGAAUUCUUCAGGUGCCAUUAUAAGAGAAACAGAAAAAGAAAACAAGAAUGUAUAACCCACAAGAUUGACAUUUAAAAUACCUCAAUGAAGGCCUGACCUUGACUGGAACAAGAAUACACCUCUAAAUGCUGACACUGUGGAAUAGUGGAUAAAGCCAUCCCACCUGGUGUACUGGCAUCCCAUUGGGCAGCAGUUCAAGUCCCAGCUGUCCACCUGCCAUGCAGCCCCCUUCUAAUGUGCUUGGGAAAGCAACGGAAGAUUGUCCAAGUCCUUGGGCCCUGCACCCAUGUGAUAAACCUGA